AUGAGCAUGUGCAAGGGUUCGGGAACACCCUCUGCUGAAUGGGACAUCAACGACAAUAAUAUACCAAAGGUGAGCAGCUACGAUCACUUCCAAGAGUGGUCGGACGGCCACUGCCGCUUCGUUUACCGCCCGGACUGCGAGGAAGCCAGGAGACACGGGUCCGGCUGGGCGAUGCGCAACACCAACAACCACAACGUGCACAUCCUCAAGAAGUCCUGUCUGGGAGUGCUCGUGUGCAGCGCAAGGUGCACGCUCGAUUCCGGGGAGAGGGUGCACUUGAGGCCCGCUAUCUGCGACAAGGCACGCAAGAAGCAACAAGGUAAGCCAUGCCCAAAUCGAAAAUGUUCUGGUCGCUUGGAGGUCUUGGCCUGCCGCGGCCAUUGCGGCUAUCCGGUCACUCACUUCUGGCGCCACACAGAACACGCCAUCUUCUUCCAGGCGAAGGGAAGUCACGACCAUCCGAAACCUGAGCCUAAGGCUACAGCCGAGGCUAGACGGACCCUACAUUCACCCCUUCAGGUGCAUAGAAGAAGCAAGGCCCAGGAAGCAAUUGGACUGGAAUUGCAGCUCCACUUCAAAGAAAACAAACGGCCAGAAGUACAUCCAGCUUGGAGGCCCGGUGGAACUUACGAGAGCAAUAAAAUUGCUAGACUGGAUCAUCAAUUACCAAUUCCAAAGAAAAACGGAGAGACACAGUGCUCUUGCCCGCCAUUCGAAUGUCUUUGUUCCAAGAACUAUGGUUCGAGCUGCCGAACUUUUUCUGCAAUCAGCAAAGAUGAUCCGACUGUAUACACAGAUCUCAUGACAGGAAAUUUGGACAGUGUACCGGCAGAUUGUUCCGUCUUCCAAGCCAUCGAUAAAGUCUUGGAAGAUGUCGCCAGUUCCUAUGGCCAUUCCACAUCCUACAGACUAGCAGCCAAAGUAGCAUCCGACUUUGAUCAAGCAUACUACAGUUCCUUUGCAGAUGGUUAUGAAGCAGAAAUCGAGCGCAUGAACCAAAGCUUUUACCCUUCGUGUGAUCUUUAUCAUAGCCACGUUUCUGUCAAACCGAAUCAUCACUUAGUAGAUACACACGUACUGCUGCCACCGCCGCCUCUUUUACACCACCAUUCGAACAUUGCCGACGACGCAUCGACAUCCUUUUCAGACGAUUGUCCUUUGACGCCCAUCGUCAACGGUUCGCAAAACAAAAAUGAAGUAUUCCCCACAUUCCCUGAAAUGGACGACGUAAUCCAUCCUUCAGAUAUAUUGGUUCUGGAUCAACCUCUUCGAAAAGCUGAUUCGUGGUCUGAGGAAGGCAACUUGCAAGAUCACCACCAAGCUACUCUAGUAGAAAAUUACUCUCAUCAAGAUCACCAGGAGGACAUCAUGAAGGAGGAUUAUGUUGUGACUUCUCUCGAUGAUCCUGAUGUGUCUCAGAGGUUCUUUGCUGCCAUCGAUAAUCUCUUGUUGCAAGAUUACAGUAGUGGGGAAGGUUUCACAAAUCAGCAUGAUGCAAACCACACGAGUCCUGACAAAGACGGUAAUGUGGAGCAUAUUCAAGUUACUUGGGACGCAAAUCCAGCUCUUUCGUUUUUCACACAUCCCCAUCAACACAACGGCACAGAUUUGGGCUAUGGAACUGAUGUACAAACUUUCACCGACUCCGGUUCCAAAGAAGACAUUUUCACUGAUCACAGUCACGACCAGCCGGGUAUGGGCAAAACUAGUCCCACAUCCUACAGUUCUAUGUUCUCCAUAAGCUUACAGCAAGCAUCGAACUCUCGGUGCGGUCGAGAUUUGGACAUAGAACUUGCUGAUACGGAACUCAUUCUGCCUCACAGGACUAGUGGCCGUCAAGUGCCUUUCUGA